GAAUACGGAAGUGGUGGAAGCGCCUGGGGAGCAGGCGGAGGCGGUGACUGCGACGUCUGACAGGACCGAGCGCCGAGGAGGGGGGGGUUAUAGAAAAGCACCCGCCUUGUAGGACCUACACGAGGUGCGGGAGCGGCUGAGCCUUUUCAAUCUCAGCGAACGCUCAGCGUGAUGGCAAUGGUGAUGGCGGCGGUUACUCAGAGAGCUCCAGUUAAACUGCGCUCCGGGAGAUAUAUCCAGAAAGUGCCCGGAAGAAACUACCUGCCAGAAAAACUGAAAAAGCAGUAUUUAUAACACUAGACUUUGGAUAAUUUAUCAACAUGGCAGAAAAUAUUGAAAAUAAUAGUAAAAAUGUAGAUGUAAGACCCAAAACUAGUCGGAGUAGAAGUGCUGAUAGGAAGGACGGUUAUGUAUGGAGUGGAAAGAAGUUAUCUUGGUCAAAAAAGAAUGAGAGUUGUUCAGAUGCUGAAACAGUGGAUACUAUAGAGAAAACGGAAGUUCCUUUAAGGAGCCGAGAAAGGAAGCACAGCUGUUCAUCCAUCGAGUUGGACUUAGAUCAUUCCUGUGGGCAUAGAUUUUUAGGUCGAUCUCUUAAACAGAAACUACAAGAUGCUGUAGGGCAGUGUUUUCCCAUAAAGAAUUGUAGUAGUCGGCACUCUUCAGCACUUUCAUCUAAAAGAAAAAUUCAUAUCAGUGAACUCAUGUUAGAUAAGUGUCCUUUCCCACCUCGAUCAGAUUUAGCUUUUAGAUGGCAUUUCAUUAAACGACAUACUGCCCCUCUAAAUCCCAAAUCACAUGAAUGGGUAAGCACAGACUUGUCUCAGAGUGAAUUGAGAGAUGGUCAUCUAAAACAAAGAAGAAACAUGGAAGAAGAUCUAAACUGUUUCUCACAUAUCAGUGUUCAGCCCUGUGUCAUAACUACAAACAAUGCUUCGUGUAUAGGUGGUCCAAUGACUGGCUCCGUGAUAAAUCUGGUUUCAAAUAAUAGUGUAGAAGAUAGUGAUAUGGAUUCAGGUGAUGAGAUUGUAACACUUUGUACAAGUUCCAGAAAAAGAAACAAACCCAAAUGGGAAGUGGAUGAUGAAAUUCUGCAGUUGGAAACACCUCCUAAGUACCAUACCCAGAUUGAUUAUGUUCACUGUCUUGUACCAGACCUUCUUCAAAUCAAUAACAAUCCAUGUUAUUGGGGAGUCAUGGAUAAGUAUGCAGCCGAAGCUCUACUAGAAGGAAAACCAGAGGGAACCUUUUUACUUCGAGACUCAGCACAGGAAGACUACUUAUUCUCCGUUAGUUUUAGACGUUACAGUCGUUCUCUUCAUGCUAGAAUUGAACAGUGGAAUCACAACUUUAGCUUUGAUGCACAUGAUCCUUGUGUCUUCCAUUCUCCUGACAUUACUGGGCUCCUAGAACAUUAUAAGGACCCAAGUGCCUGUAUGUUCUUUGAACCACUUUUAUCUACUCCUUUAAUUCGGACUUUCCCCUUUUCCUUGCAGCAUAUAUGCAGAACAGUUAUUUGUAACUGUACAACCUAUGAUGGCAUUGAUGCCCUUCCAAUUCCUUCAUCUAUGAAAUUAUACCUAAAGGAAUAUCACUAUAAAUCAAAAGUUAGAGUACUCAGGAUUGAUGCACCAGAACAGCACUGCUAGGAACAGGGUAGGAACAUCUGAUUACCAUACAUGUUUUUAUUUCAUAUUUAUGCUUCUUAUUCUGCCACUUUGAUUUUUUCUACAAGGACAGUUGGAAUCCAAAAUAAACCUCUUCCAAAUCUUCCAAAUCAGUUUAUUUUUCUUAUAAUAUACUAAUUGCAUAAGGUUACACAUUAGGAUUAAUGGAUAUUUUUGACCAG